AUGGCUUCCGCUAUACGAUUCAAGGCCGUCGCUGGCCUCGCCGGCCUCUCGCGCACAAUCCCUCGAGCCCACGCCAAUGCCUUCCUCUGCCAUCGCGGCGCAAUCGACACCCAGCGUCGUCUCUUUGGCUUCUCGAGAGUUCUCAAUGGUGAACUCAUAGUCAAGGUGCCCCCAAUGGCCGAGUCCCUUAACGAGGGCACAUUAGCCAGCUUGACCAAGAAGGUCGGCGAGACCAUUGAAGCCGACGAGGAGCUUGCCAGCAUCGAGACUGACAAGAUCGACAUUUCCGUUCCCGCCCCCGAGACUGCCGUCAUCGCCGAAUACUUUGCUGCCGAGGGAGAUACUGUUGUAGUUGGUCAAGAUCUUGCGCGCAUCGUGACGGGCGGCGAGGCCAGUGCUCCCAAGAGCGAGGGAGAGGGAGAGGCUCAACAACCACCCAAGGAGGAGCCCAAGCAAGAGACGAAGCCUUCAGAGCCUGCCAAGGCUGAGGAGAAUCAUAGCAAGGAGCAGACACCUCCCCAUGAGCCUCCCAGAGCCGCGAAGAAGCCUGCCGAGUCGAAGCCUGCGCCCAAGUCCGAGCCUGCCGCUCCUGCGAGCGCAUUCACCGGAGGUCCCGCAAGAACCGAGCGAGUUGAGAAAAUGAGCCGUAUGCGAAGGACCAUUGCGAGCCGUCUCAAGCAAUCCCAAAACACCUGCGCCUCCCUCACCACCAUCCAAGAAGUCGACAUGACUAACCUCAUGGCCUGGCGAGCCAAGUACAAGGAGGAAGUUGCCGAGAAGUAUGGCGUGCGCCUGGGUUACAUGGGUGCCUUCACCAAGGCCACGACUCUGGCUGCUCUGGAGAUUCCUCAGAUCAACGCUGCCAUUGAUACGGACAAGGAGAUCACCACGUGGCGAGACUAUGUCGAUAUCAGCAUUGCUGUGUCGGCACCCAAGGGUCUUGUGACGCCUGUGCUGAGGAACACGCAUACGCUGAGCAUUGUUGAGCUGGAGCGCGAUGUUGCUGCUCUAGCCAAGAAGGCCCGCGAUGGAAAGCUCACUAUGGAGGAUCUCGAAGGCGGCAACUACUCCAUCAGCAACCCCGGCAUCUUUGGCUCCAUGUUUGGAACCCCCGUCAUCAACUACCCCCAGUCCGCCGUCUUCAACAUGAACGGUAUCCAACAACGCGUCAUGGCUAUUAAUGGCCAGGCCGAAAUUCGACCUAUGAUGUACAUCAGCUUGACCUAUGAUCACCGUCUCAUUGAUGGUCGGGAGGCUGUCAGCUUCCUCAACAUUGUCAAGCAGUAUAUCGAGGAUCCCUCUCGAAUGCUUCUUGCGUAA